UCCCAAACUCCCAAACCCAUCCAUCGGCGGAUCUCUCUCUCUCCCCCUUUCUCGUUCCCUCCGUCUGCAUAGUGAGUGUACCGUACAGAACCAUGAUGUCGUGUUAUACUGCGCUGGUUUUGCUAUUGUGCGCAGCCGCUCAGAGCGUCGCUGCCAUCACCGACGGCCUGCUACCGAAUGGGAACUUUGAGAAAGGACCCAGCCGGUCCCAGCUAAACGGAACUCAGGUGACAAGCCGCUAUGCGAUCCCGGAGUGGGAGAUUUCCGGCGUGGUGGAGUACAUCGAGUCCGGGCACAAGCAGGGUGACAUGCUGCUGCCUGUCCCCGAGGGAGUCUACGCGGUACGCCUCGGCAACGAGGCAUCCGUAAAGCAAAAUCUCAAGGUAACAAAAGGCAUGUACUACUCCAUCACCUUCUGCGCCGCCCGCACCUGUGCCCAGGAGGAAAGGCUCAACGUGUCGGUCACCCCGGACUCCGGCGUGCUCCCCAUGCAGACCAUGUACAGCAGCAGUGGGUGGGACUGCUACGCCUGGGCCUUCAAAGCCUUGUUCGCCCAAGUUGAGUUGGUGAUCCAUAAUCCGGGCGUCGAAGAGGACCCGGCCUGCGGCCCUCUCAUCGACUCUGUCGCCAUCAAGACUCUCUAUCCUCCUAGGCUCACAAACAAAAACCUGUUGAAGAACGCCGACUUCGAGGAAGGGCCCUACAUCCUGCCCAACACGACGUGGGGGGCGCUGGUCCCGCCCAACAUCGAGGACGACCACUCUCCUCUCCCCGGCUGGAUGGUGGAGUCCCUCAAGGCCGUCAACUACAUUGACUCCGCCCACUUCAAGGUCCCCCAGGGCAAGCGCGCCGUCGAGCUGGUUGGCGGCAAGGAGAGCGCUCUCGCCCAGGUCGCCCGCACCGUCGUCGGCCGGGUCUACACCCUCUCCUUCUUGGUGGGCGACGCCGGCAACGCCUGCACUGGGCCCAUGGUGGUCGAGGCCUUCGCGGCCCGCUCCACCGUUAAGGUCCCCUACGACUCAAAAGGGACCGGCGGCUUCAAGCGGGCCGUUCUACGGUUCACCGCCGUGGCCGAGCGCACCCGGGUCGUCUUCCUCAGCACCUACUACAAUACCCGGACCGACGGUUCCCUCUGCGGCCCGGUUGUCGAUGACGUCACGCUGCUCAGCGUCCGGAACCCCUCGCGCCGCCUCCGCCUCCUGUGAGCGUGAGGACCGACGAAUGCUAGAGCGGAAGGAUAGCCGGCUCAGUGAGGCGGUGAUGGCAUCGAAUUGAAUGAUCUCCUCCCUGGUCGCCUUCUGUCUCCGUCUCUCUUUUCUAUAAGAAACACGCAUAACGUAUUAUAUAUCUCCAUGCGUUUGAUGUAGCCAGCCGAAUGGAAUCAAAGUAAGUUCAGGGGAUGUGGUGUUUCAUUAUAUGUACCCGAUUGGACUGAGGUAUAAAAACGGUAUAUAUUUUGGUGCUACAC